GGCACUCAGGCGACUAAUAACUUUUGGUGAUUAAACAAGAUCGAUAAGGCAACGGCAACUGUACGAAGCCGCGUAGGCCUGCCACAGCAUCCAGGGUGCAGUAUAAAUUAGUGUAAUAACUGGUUAUAUACCUACCGCGUCUGUUCAGAGGCGCAGUCUGCGUUCCCGGAGAAAUAUCGCUGGGACGAAAAGUAGAAGUAGAAGUAGAAGUAGAAGGAAAACAAGAAGAGGGUUGAGUUAAUUAAGACAGAAAAGAUUUUGCCUUUUAUACUUAUCGCUUGGAUUAAAAAAAGCUUCAAAAAUAUAUCUCGAGAGGAGCGCGAAACACGUGCGAAACCGGAGGGGCGGGGGAGGAAUUUAAGUGUUCAGUGCACUUUGGUGGCAGAUGUGAUACCUGCGAAUGUGCAGCCGCUCGGACCCGCCGUCUGCGGGGACUUAAUUUUCAACUGCGAACUCUGUGGAGAGGAGAUACGAACGAAAUGGACGACGCCGAGGCGACGAAGAUGAGGACCAGGACCAGGACCCGGAGGGCAAUCGCAGCUCUUCUCGUCCUUAUCCUCCUUCGGGAUUUAACCGCUGUUCAAGCAGCGAGGAGCUCCAAACACGGCCUCAAAAACGGUGAAGCGCGGCGGCACGGAAUAGGAAGAAGUUUGAAGAACGGGGGCUUGUUUCCGUCGGUAUUCAACGUGGCCGCGAAAGCUGAAAUACACGCGAACGCAACGUGCGGCGAAGAGGGUCCUGAGACGUUCUGCAAGCCAUCGGAGCCGACGAGAUGCGCCGUCUGCGAUCCGAACAGUCCGGAUCCGGGCAAAAGGCACGACGCUUCUCACGCCCUCGAUUCAAACCGAUCUCGGUGGUGGCAGAGCCCGACUCUCGCUGCUGGUGAUCGGUUCGAGUACGUCACGAUCACCUUGGACCUGAAACAGGUGUACCAAAUAGCGUACGUGAUCGUGAAGGCUGCUUAUUCGCCGCUUCCGGCGGCCUGGAUCCUGGAGCGAUCUUUGGACGGGAGUAAUUUCUUUCCCUGGCAGUAUUACGCCCCCACAGACGAGGAAUGCUGGACCCGAUACUCGGUGCCUCCGGUUACAGGGAAGCCGACGUACGUCAGCGAUACCGAAGUCGUCUGCACCAGCUCGUACUCUCGGCCAACGCCCAUGGAGAACGGCGCGAUUCACACGUAUCUGAUAAACGGUCGGCCUGGUGCUCUGAACCACAGUUCAGACCUCGAAGAGUUCACCCAAGCUCGGUUCGUCCGGUUAAGAUUUCAGGGACUGAGGCCAAUGGGCGAAACAAUCGUCGAUAAACGGAGGGGCUUUUAUUCUAUCAAGGAGAUCAACAUCGGAGGACACUGUCUUUGUUCUGGUCACGCCUCGCAAUGUCGCUACAGCGUACAGCACAGGCGCCAGGAAUGCGAAUGCGAACGUCACACGUGCGGUGAAAGAUGCCACAAAUGCUGCCCGAUGUAUAACCAAGUACCUUGGAGGCCGGGUACAAGUGGAAGAGGGUUUCACUGCGAGAAAUGCAAUUGCCACGGUCACGCGACGGCCUGUAGAUACGAUCCGGAAGUCGCCAACCAAAGGUCUUCCCUGGAUAUCCGUGACAAGUACCGGGGUGGAGGCGUGUGCCUAAACUGCACGGAACACACGACAGGAAUAAACUGCGAGAAGUGUCAAGUCGGCUACUACAGGCCCAACGGAGUCCUCCCCAACGCCUCUCAACCCUGUCUUCCAUGCACUUGCGACCUCCGUGGAAGCACCGGGUUCUGCACACCCGACGACUCCUUCACCCGCAUUGGCAAGGUAGCAGGUGCCUGCGAGUGCAAGCCUGGAUACUCGGGCUACAGGUGUGACCAGUGUGCUGCUGGGUACCGUCAAUUUCCGGACUGCAUGCCGUGCCCCUGCGACUCACGUGGCGUUCUUCCAUCCCACGAUUGCGAGGGCGAUUGCCUCUGCAAGGCGAACGUCGCCGGGGAAUUUUGCAGCCUUUGUAAACCCGGGUACUUUGCUCUGACGCGUGAAAACGAGGACGGAUGUCUUCCCUGCGUGUGCUCUGGCCUGACUCGAGAAUGCUCUGACGCAAGAUUGACAUUCGGCAUGCUCUCAACACGCGAGGGUUGGCUGGUCAGCGACUUGAACGCAUCGCGUGUUGUUUACCCGGAAAUAGAGCCGGAAAGCGGUUCCCUGGUCUUUGAUCCCUCGAGUUUAGAUUACACUCCUUACUGGCUGGCGCCGAAGGUGUAUGGAGGUAAUAGACUCACGUCUUACGGCAGCAAUAUCACCUUCACUGUUACUUGGAUCGUGAUGCGCGGUGAUAGCAGCGGCAGACCGACCAUCGAGCCUGACGUUAUCCUGCUCGGUGGUAACGGAAUGCAAAUUGCUUACGGAGAAGAGCGGUACUCGGGUCAGGAUGCGAUGAUAUCAGUGCCUCUUAGUGAACGGGGUUGGUACCACGUUAAGGAAGAAGUUCGCAACAACGUAUCCCACAGAUUAAGGAGGACCGAAUACCGCGGUGAUCCGGUGACCAGAUCUCAGAUGCUCCGAGUGUUGGCGGACCUUGAGCAAGUUAUGAUCAGGGCGCGUUAUCACACGGAGCAAAUCGAGGGACGACUUUCCGAGGUGAUACUCACAACGGCGGAGAUCACCGAUUCUUCGGCUGAUCACGAGGACCGCACUCUUGUCGAAAUGUGCAAUUGUCCUGCAGGCUAUACAGGAUUAUCCUGCGAAAGGUGCGCCUGGGGUUACGUAAGCGAACCUGCUAACGCUUCCGAUCAUCAGGAUCAAUCGGACAAGUGUGUCAAGUGCGACUGCAACGGUCACGCAGCCACCUGUGAUCUUCGCAUGGGCGAAUGUGGGGUCUGUGAACACAAUACAGUGGGCUCAAAGUGUGAUCGUUGUGCAGCAGGAUACUACGGUGACCCUAGCCAAGGAACCCCUGACGAUUGCAAGAGGUGCUCAUGCCCUCUUGGUAUCGAGUCAAAUAACUUUAGCCCCAGUUGCCAGCUUGAAGAUCCGGACAAGCCGAAUGGCGGAUACGUGUGCACUCAGUGCCCAAAAGGAUACACCGGCGAUCACUGCGAAAGCUGCGACGUCGGAUACUUUGGAUCGCCGACAAUCCCAGGAAAAAUCUGCGAGCCAUGUUCCUGCAACGGAGGCGUGUGUGAUCAAGAAACGGGAAGGUGUCUGGAAUGCCGCGGAAAUACGGAAGGGUGGAAAUGCGAUAGAUGCAAAAAAAUGCACUACGGAGAUCCGUUGGAGCCGAACUGCAACCCCUGUGACUGUGAUCCUUUGGGAAGUUUGUCCCUUCACUGCGACUCCGACGAUGGGCAGUGUCUCUGCAAGCCUUUGUUCAUUGGUAGAACUUGCUCGAGGUGCAUCGAGGGCUUUGGAAACGUUACCGCUGGCUGCGUCGAGUGCAAUUGCGGGGAGGGAGCGGCGAAAAUCGAAUGCGACGCUGUUACCGGUCAGUGUCAAUGUCUCCCAGGUGUUGCCGGACAACUGUGCGACCGAUGCGAUUUCGAUCAUUACGGACUCAACGAGGAGGGCUGUCUGGGAUGUCGCUGUAACGUUCUUGGUUCGCUGUCUCACACCUGUGACAUUGUAACGGGCCAGUGUCAAUGCAAGGCUCAAGUGACCGGAAGAGCUUGCGACCGCUGUCAGACGGGAUUUUGGGGUCUUACUACCGGAGCAGGAUGCCGACCCUGCAAUUGCGAUCCGAUGGGCGCUGCGAAUUCCUCCUGCGAGGAUGACACUGGCCAUUGUCACUGCCGUCCAGGGAUCGGAGGUCCCCGAUGCGACGUGUGUUUGCCUGGUUACUAUGGAUUUUCGAACGAGGGUUGCCGGCUUUGCGAGCCAUGCAACAAACCAGGUCACAUCUGCGACCCCGACACGGGACGUUGCGUCUGCCCGAAGUUGACGCUUGGUGAAAAUUGCGACCGAUGUCGGUCUGGGGCUUACGGAUUCGUACCUGGUCUCGGGUGUAAGUCUUGUGCUUGUAGUCCAGGGGCGACGAGAGCUCAGUGCAACCCUGAUGGGCAAUGCUCUUGCAGAGAUGGUUUCAACGGGUUGAGAUGUGACAAGUGCGCCGUCGGUUACUACGGAUAUCCGAGAUGCAAACCCUGCGGGUGUAGCAUAGACGGCACCGUGCAGUGUGGCGAAAAAGUUUGCCCCUGCAACGACACCGGCCAAUGUCCUUGCAAGGAAAAUGCUAUCGGACGAAAAUGCGACGAAUGCAAAGCCGGGACUUAUGGCUUGGCUUUUGAGAAUCCAAAGGGAUGUACGGAGUGCUUUUGUUUCGGUCGAUCAACUUCCUGCCAUGGAGCCGCUCUUAGUUGGGGCCAAAGAAGACUUCCUCGCCCGCGGACUCUUUACGUCAAUAAAACUGUUAGCGAGAUCAUGGUAGCUAACUUUGGGACUUCCUACAUUCUACCGGCAAUUAACGGGGGCCUCAACAUCAGCAAUGGUCACUCGCUUAUACCUGGAAAUGAAGGAGAUGUCACUCUGCCAGCAACGCUUCAUUUCAAUUACCCUCUUUAUUGGGCUUUGCCCGAAUCUUUUCUUGGCGAUAAAGUCAUAUCGUAUGGUGGGUACAUCCAAUUUGUGACAGAGAUAGAAGGCGGAGAGCCGCUAGCGACUAAUUUUAGGUACCCUGUAGUCCUGUUGCAAGGGAACAGCAAAAUCGUCCUGGAACACUACGCUAACUCGCCUAUCGAAAGUAACCGUUACAAAAUCAGAAUGCACGAGUCCCUCUGGCACUUAAAAAAUCAACCAAACAUUCCAGUAUCAAGAGAAAUUCUCAUGAUAGCCCUGCAGAAAGUACAAAAAAUACUUAUCAAGGCUUCCGAUUAUUCUGAAUUCACCAAAGUUGUAUUGUUGGAAGCAUCUUUGGAUGCUGCUGUCUUAACUCCAACCCGUUCGCCGCCGUUUGCAACGGAUGUUGAAAUCUGUAAGUGUCCACCAGAGUAUACUGGCACGUCUUGCCAAGAUCCGAACAUUGGCUAUUACCGAUGGUGCAACAGCGAGAUUGCUAUUUCUACGACCGUAAUUGAUCUCAUAGGAGAGGCUCGUCCUUGUCAAUGCAACGGCAGAUCUGGAGUAUGUGACAGAGAAACUGGCCGUUGUCUGAAUUGCAGCGAAAAUACAACUGGAGAAAGAUGUGAGUUGUGCGAAGAUAGUUUCUACGGUCAUCCUGACAUCGGUGGAUGCAAACCGUGCCCCUGCCCACAUGAAGACAAGCGAUUUUCCAGUACCUGCGAAAUUCAUUCCGACACUGAUGUAGUUUGUCACUGUAAACCAGGAUAUACUGGUAGCAAGUGCGAAAGAUGUUCGUAUGGCUACUUCGGAGCCCCAACCACUCCAGGUGGUAGUUGUGUACCAUGCAAUUGUAAUCCAGCAGGAAGUCUGAGCGAUAGUUGCCUUGCAGAAACUGGCCAGUGUAACUGUAGGUCUGGAUCAACGGGAAGAGAUUGUUCUCAGUGCACGAAGCCACGUCACGUAUUUAUCGAGGAUAUUUGUACAUCUUGUAACGACAACUGCACUGGCAUACUUUUGGAUGAUUUGGAUACUAUGUCAAGCUUCUUAAUGGAGGAAACGGUCCAUAUUGCUAAUGGCUACAUUCCACCCCCAUGGCAAGAACUUUCUUACGUGAACGACAACGCUUCUCUAUUAUUUGAAAAUAUAAAGCUUGAGCGAAAGUUACGUCAUAAAAUCGAAAAUAUACCGUGGCAUCAGUACAGAAAACUUAAAAAACGUGUCACUGAUCUGCUUGAUAGGGCUCCCAAGUGCUUGAAUCAGACCAGUAAUCACAAAUCGAGAAGUGACGAUAUUAAGAAUAAUGCUUACAGUACACAAUUAGAAAUUUCAGACAUACACCAAAGGUUGAAAGAAACAAGCCAUCAAUUAUUUAGGUAUGCAGACAACGAUAAAAGAAUUGAGAUUGAAAAUGCGCUAAAUCAGGCGACGAUAGCUUUAAAUAAGAUUAAAUCUGUCAACUUAUCUGGAAGGACAAGCGAAAUCGAAACAGCCAUCAACAAUGCAACGGACUACAUUGAUUGGCUUAGCUCUUUGAAUGAUGGCGCGGAGGAUUUAAACAAGGUCAAAAAACACGCAAACGAGUACAAUGAAAAAUUGGAAGAUUUUGACAUUAUUAUAGAAAAUACUAUGGAAAAUUUAUACACGUAUGACGGAUUGUAUAGAAAUUACGAAAAAGAAUUCAACCAUGCAAAUAAUCAAUAUUUAAGAAUAAAUACAUUGAAAGAAGAAACUACUGAAUCAAUUGUCAAAGGUGAAAUGCUUGUGGCAGAGGCUAGAGGAUUUCUGGUUGAUAGUCAAAGUAAUGUUCAGGAUUUACCUGAGUUAAAGUUCAAACUUGCAAAUCUAACUGAUGCGUUAACAAGCAGAGAAGGAAUUUUAUACAGAUUGAACUACGAAUAUGAGGAUAUGUAUGUCAUACCAGCUAAAAAACACGCUCAAAACUUGACACGAUAUGUAGAUGACUACGUAAGCUUAUUUGCCCAAACACGGAAUAAAACGGUGAAUCCCUUAAAAGCUAGUCAAGUAUAUCAAGAUAUCGUUGAUGCUUUGAAUACAGCCAAAAUAAUUGGGCAGGAAGCGAAAGUAAUCGCUGAUGAGAUUCAUGACAAGACUUUUCCUGGAGGAGCUAAGCUAAGUUCUGUACUGGGUUUGACUGAAACUAUGGUAGAAAAAUCAUCGGACUUGUGGAAUGAAGCAAAGAAACAAGAAAAACCAGCAAUAUCAUUGACGAACCAGUUAGAAGCUCAGAAGCAAGGCAUCGCCGAUCUCAAAAACACGCUAAACAGUACUGGAAUCAAGGAUAAUCAAAUGAAUGUUAAACUGCAAGAGCUCAAGACCAAUAGCAUUGAAACUCGAAACAAGCUUCAAGUACUCCUAAAAGACAACGAACGGCUGAAACAAUCUUUUGCAAAGACAACUAAAGAAAUUACCGACUACGAAGAAAUGAUUGCAAAUGAAUUGAGGCCUAAGAUAAGUGAACUAAAACGAGAGGGUGAUUCGAAAAUCAGUCUUGCCAGUGAAAAACUUACCGAAGUGCAAAGCAACAUCGAAAGAGCAGAUGCGAAGCUCAUCAGUUUAACAUAUACAUCUGCGAAACGAAAGAAUGAGUUUGAUAAAUGGAACCAUACGCUAGCAGCGAAACUUCAAUAUCUUAGGGACAAAAUAGCGGAAGCAAGAAACACCGCAGACGGGAUACGUAUAUCUCUGAAGAGUGUCGAUGCAAAGAAAUGCGUGCGAUCGUACAGGCCAUCCAUACUUCAACCUGGAACUACGACUACCAUUGUGAUAACACUUGCCAUCGAAGGUAAACAAAAACAAGGAUCGUUAUUCUACCUUCCAAGCACCAUCAGCGAUGACUUUGUUGCUCUCGAAAUGGUGAACAGAAAAAUAAGGUUCGUUUGGAAUGUCGGCGGAGGUACCGGAAUCGUAACGCAUCCCGAAGUGAUUGAAUCUGGGGAUAUUACGGGGGACAACUUUUGGUAUAGAAUUGAGGCUGAAAGAACAAGAAAUGUUGGUAAACUAAGUGUACGAAAACAGACAUCAACAUCAGGUAGAUAUCUCCCUGUACUUAAUUCAACAUAUCCAGAAUAUGGCCGUUUUGAUAUAACACCUGGUGACAGAGUGUGGCUGGGUGGAAUUCCGGAAUCACAAAGACGACCGCCUGAACUCAUUGCCUCUAACGGCCUUCCUGGCUGCGUGCACCAAGUAGUUUUAGAUGGCAAACCAAUCGGCCUUUGGAAUUUCGUUACAAGUGCGCCAGAUAUGGCGUGCGAGGCCUGUGUUGAAGGAGUCGAAGAUGCCCAUGACGAUAUUGCGUACAGUUUCAAUGGGGAAGGAUACGCAGUCAGGAACAGGGUUCCGUCCGGUCCAUACAGCAAGUACACCUUUGGAGUGUCUAUAACUUUUCGGACAUUUGAUGAAAAUGCGCUUUUAUUCCUAGCUAUCAACCCAAAGAAUAAUCAACAUAUUAUGAUAUUCCUGCGUGAGGGGAGAGUCGUUUUGCAUGUUGGAUACGGCAGUAAUAUUAGUAUGGAAAUGCUCUCGAUGCACAAGUACAAUACUGGGAAUUGGACGAACAUUGAUGCCUUCCGACAAUAUCAGCCGCGCAAAGGCAUCGAGCAGUGUAGCUUGAGCGUGGGAGGCAAUAGCGACAAAAAAAUUGGUGCACCAUCUCCACAACCAAAGAAAGAUGAUGUUCCUGAUCUUAUCAAAGCCAAGUAUUAUAUCGGCGGUGUUCCGCCAAGCUUUAAAUCUGGGGGAAUACUAGUGCUGCCUUCACCCGUAUCAUUCCUUGGAUGUAUGUCCAAUGUAUUCAUUAAUCAAGAAGGGUACGAUCCCAUGGCAGAACAAUACUACGGCGUUGAGCCCAGCUGUAGCAAUAAACACACUAAAAUCGUUGGAUUUUAUGGAAACGGAUAUUUCGAGCACCAUGCUCAUACGUUGAAGAAGACUGAAUCGUCAUUCAGUUUUUCGUUCAGAACUUUGCAGGAGACUGCUAUACUGUUACUGUCGACAUUCCAAAGAUCAAAUGAGGAAGAAAAUUUAGGAAGCAGCGAUAAAUACCUUAGCGACAGCUACUAUUCAGUCGCUAUUAUCGCUGGGCAAGUCCAGCUUCGUAUUAACGCCGGAAAAGGGGAAGUCCUUCUGCAAUCUAAUGACACAUUUAACGAUGGAAAAUACCAUUCCAUUUGUGUGACUAAAAAAAGAAAGGCCGUGGAACUCAGAGUCGACGAUGCCUAUCAAGCCAACGGUCGACUACCCACGGGUGCUGCUGUCAGAGUUCCUGAAUUUAGCGGUGGAAUGUACAUUGGUGGAUUACCUGGUGCCAUCAACGAUACGAAUUUAGUUACAACCAAUAUUCCCCUGAUAGGAGCGAUCAAAGAUAUAAUUUUUAAUGACAAAAUCCUCAGGCUUGAUGAACCAGUUUCGUUUGAGCGGGCAGCUAUAGGGCGGCCAGGUCCCAGUAUGGGAAAACAUUAUGCGAUACAUACUGCAUCUGCAUCAUUAUCGCGUGGUAUGUCAACGCAACCCGAAGGAUGUCAAAAAGUUCCUUAUUACUCACUCGAACCGGGAGCCCUGAAAUUCGGUGACAAGCCGCAUAGCCACACUCAGCUUUACUUGAACUAUGAAAAAUUUUGGGAGAAGAAAUAUGUGAUCGAGUUUGAUUUUCGCACGUAUUAUCCGAACGGCUUGCUAUUCAUAACUCCGGGAAUUAAAUUGAAACAUUAUUUGAUGAUGGUCGUACGAAACGGCCAGCUUUCGUUGAUGAUCAAAACCAACCAACAUAAAAAAGAAAUAUUGUUCAGAAGCACGUUUAACGACGGGAACUGGCAUCACGUAGUGGUCAGACAUGACGAAAGGACUCUAACAUUGUCAGUUGAUAGUCAAGCGCCUCAGACGAUAAGAAUCCAAAGAAGAAUUGGCCUUGUCACAAUGAUGUAUAUGGGAGGCUUGCCCGAAAGCGGUACACCAAUACCAGAACAAGUUGUUGUUAAAUUAGAAACCUUGAAAGGAUGUAUCAAGGGUUUGAAAGUAAAUGGAAUCAUUCACGACAUGGUUGGGACGACAAGUAGACCAUAUAAUAUUGGCCAGUGUUUUCCGAGCGUCGAAAGCGGCGCGUAUUUCCAAGACGACGCGUACGCGAUAUACAAAAACGAUUUCGAACUCGGUGCUCUACUUGAACUUGAGUUGGAAUUCAGAACGUCCGAAUUUUCGGGUGUUUUGCUUUCGAUAACGGCACCCGGUGGUUCACCGUCACUUUCGCUGGAGCUUUUUAACGGAAAAGUGAUAAUGUCCGGGCAACUUGGAGACAAUACUGCAUUAUACGUUGAACAACAGUUUCCUAGCCCGUACACCAUUUGUGACAACAGAUGGCACAGAAUUCAGGCUCUCUACAACGACGAACAGUUAGCUCUCAAAGUUGAUGAGCUUGAUCAAAACUACGGUCUUCCUCUAAAUGGAAACUACCACUUUGCACGGGACACAGUCGUCUCGAGUCCUCUGUAUAUUGGAGGAUUACCAGAGAAUGCACCGAAAGGAAUGCUCAUUACUCGUGAGAAUUUCAGUGGUUGCAUAAGAAACGUAAUGAUAGAUGGCGAGAGACGGGAUUGGACCGAUAUGGCGGAGUUGCAUAAUAUUCAUCUGAGCUCUUGUCCUAUACAACAAUAAGUGCUACUAAAAUGUGUAAUCGCAAUUGUGAUUUAAUCAAACAGUUCCAAAGACAGCCUAGUGCCGCAUAGAUAAACACUCUUAGGAGAAUAAUGUUUAUUGAUAGAUGUAUGCGCGGGUUCAGUGCCAUAACAAAAAAAGAAAGAAGAGUGAAAGAGAUUCAUUUAUUGAUACUUUUUUAUAUGUAUAUUUUUUUUCAAUUCUUAAACUAAGUAUAACUAUACAAUUAUUUAAUAGUAGCUGUCUAAUUUGAAUUUGUAUAAAGUUAAACGUAACACUUCUCUACUACAAGUCGAAGGUAGAAACAAUUAUGACAUCAUUCAUCACAGCAUCAGCAUAUGACAUUUUAUACUUGUCGUGUGAUUACAAUAAGCUUGAUUUUUUACAUCUCCACUGCCAUUAACAAUAUUUAUUAUUAUGUUACUAUAGAGACAUUGUACAUCAGUAUUUAAUGUUAUUAUUUAUUUUCAAAACGUGAAUAAAAACACGUUCAUGACAAAUUUUUAUACGA